AUGCCUUUGAAACGUAAGGGGGGCGCGGAAGAAAUGACGCCUCGGGAACGGAAGAAACUCAAAGUUGCAGAUGCUCGGACAAUUGCAGUUCAGCCAGCUGCGUCAACCAGUGGUAGUGGGAGUGUCCGAUCUUCAGGAAACGCGCUCGCCGGACCGUCAAGCACCACCGUACGAUUUGAUUCUAUGCAAGGAUUACCUGCGUCAAUCGAUGUGGAGAAAUUUACAGAGGCUCGAGCCUAUGAGAUCGAUGCCAUGCAGAAAGCGAUGAAGACGGCAGGGGAAAGUGUGACUCAUCGCGCAUGGCAAACUCUGCCCCGCCAUCUACGACGAAGGGCAGCCAGCCAUGAUGUUCGCCGGGUGCCCUUGCGCUUGCGAGAAAAAGCACGUGCCGAGAUGGCUCCCAACGCCCGGCGCAUACUUAGAUGUGGACUCUCCAAGCGAGGAAAAACAAAGCAAGUGACCCGCACUGAAUCCCUCUUGAAGCGACAGCGCGAUAAAUCCUGGCUCGAGACUCAUAUUUGGCACGCCAAGCGAAUGAAAAUGGAGAACAUGUGGGGGUAUAGACUCGCGGUAACACCUACGGAGAAAUCGUUCCGUCCCUCACACCGAGCGUCUAUGCAUGGCUCAAUCCUGCAUGAUGCUUCGUACAGCUCACUGAUAGAACUCAAGGGGCCUGAAAAAAUCCUUCGAAAUGUGUUAGAUCUCUGCUGCGAUCCUCAGUGCACUGGAAUGAAGCGAUCCAUGUCCGGUUCUCGCGUGCUCGAGACGGACCUGUACAAGUCAGGAAGCUACCCCUUUGACCUGAUUGCACCUGUAACGAUCAUGUGGCGGCCGUUGCCUCCAGCACAGACGAACCCGCCCCCAGCGGAAGGAUCUUCCAAACGCAAGCGGAAAGGAAAGGACAAGCAGAAUACACUGGCUAAUGCUGUUCAACAAAGUUCCGCGAGAGCAGUCUGGGUGCGCUCGCACCCUGCGGUGUUCGACGAUGUCUUCGAAGCGUUGCAGAAAUCUACUUCCUUAGUUCUUGAAGCUGAGAAACAGCGACAUAAAGAUGUAUCUGUGGAAGUAGAGAUAGCCGAUCUGCGAGGCACUCUCAAUGUUUUCGAAAUCAUGGGACCCAAGGCAAGUCAGGUCAUCAAGGGCGCCUUGUCUCCAGUUGGAGAUGAUGACAGGCAUGCAUUCAAAAAGUUCUGGUCAUCCCUCAACGAUCUACAAACCACUGCAUCCCUACCGCGCGGAAUAGUCAUCGGAAUGAAAGUCCUUGACCCACGAUUGAAGUUUCCGCCCAAGAACGCCAAACCCAGCACGAACGAUGUACAAGCCGCCGCCCCUGCAAUGACGUUUCCCGCCACCAUACUUGCUCAAAGCGAAAUAUGGGAGGAAGAGAAGCGUUCAGCGCUCAAGAAACCUACAUACAAGAAGAAAGAUCUUGAUACGCGUCGUUCCAAUAAUCUUGUUCCAGGCACGCCUCUGAACCCCCUUCGCCAGGACGAUCGCAUCCCACUGCUGCUCAUCCAGCGCUCGCUCGAAUCGCCCUCCAGCACGCAUGGUAUCCACGGCUGGACGCUCAUUUUUCCCGCCGGAUGGGGCAUGCCUUUCCUCCCCUCACUGAUACAUACAGGCACACGUGUCGGCGGACAACGAGAGCGAGGCACACAAGCCUUUGAGGCGGGCACUGCAUAUUUCCCGAGAGACUUCCCUUGCACGAAGUUCUACGACAAGCAUUGGGAAGAGCGUGCCGAUAAGGAGAAAGCGAAGUGGGAGAGAACGCCACCAGCAAAGAGACCCAAUCAUAAGAACCUUGGUACCCGUAGCCCAUGGCGGGCGGAUUGGGAGGUUGUGCUAGGCCUUCCGAUGGCGUCUGCUGUAGAUGAGAACCUGGUGCCAGCACAACGAGGCCCCCAGGAUGCAAUGGACGUUGACAGAGCACCUAUUGUUCGCCCUUGGUUGCUCCGUGGUCCAGAAGUGCCAGCGAUUCUCGAAAAAGUAACACAGAUGCUUAAUCACGGUGCGGGUCUCCUUUCAGAGAUCAACAGGCUUCGGGCGAAGCGUGGCAUGAAUUUACUGGAUGCCAAUUAUCGCGCCGAGGCUCUCCUGAAAGGGGCAUUGGUCAUGAUCCGCGUGAAGAUGGUCACUCGUGGCGCCCCGGAUGACCUCGCCAUUAUCCACCGCCUCGAUGACGUCGAAGUCAAGAAUUUCAAGGAGAAGGGCAAGAUGCGAGAUAGUUUGUCGCUUUUGUCUUUUGGACCUUGUAUUCGGAUUGAUUUGCUUCCCGACCAGCCCCCUGAGGCUGUUCCUCCCCACACAUCUAUCAUUGGGUAUGUUACUACUGGCAGCGUGUCCUUGUCCCGCGGAGAAGGCUUCGCUAUCGGCGCUGUCCCAGUGUCGGUGCUGAUAGAAUUGCAACAACAGGCACGGAGGUAUGGAUUCCUUGUGUCAUCAAGAGCGUUCAAUUGA